UCAUGUGUUCACUCGUGUUCAGCUCCCCUAAAACUUACUAUAGUUAGGAAGAAAGGUAGAUUAAGCUGAAACAAUCUAUUUAGGACAUCUUUAUCCUGUCUAGAACACAUUCUCAUAGCAACAUCUAGAGGAUCUUACGAAGGUUGAUUUUACGGGCAAACAUCAAAUGUACAUGAUCAGUUUGAUCAAGUAUACAGUAGAAGACAAUAAUGACACAUUGAUAUCCAUCCUGAUUUUCAUGUAAAUUUUCAUUUUCUAUUUUUACUUCCACAAAGGGUUCUGUUCAGUUGGAUAUUCAAAACAAUCAGAAAAGGACACCAUUGCUUGAAGCCGUUUCCCAGGGUCACCUCGGAAUGACACACCUGUUAAUAGCCCUGGGUGCAGGCAUAAAUGCUGUUGAUGGUGAAGGUAACAGCUGUUUGCACCUAGCCAUGGCAACAGAAGUGUUUAAUUCCGAGGAUGCACCCUUGGAUUUACUAAACGAAUGCUGCACUUCCCUUAACCUGAAAAUAGAAGAAAGGCUCUCUGGUAUAGUGGUUGCGAGAUAUCUCGCCAGCCAGGGAGCGGACUUUCACCAUAAAAACAACAAAAAUAACACACCAUUGGACCUCAUUAAGGACCCAAAUUUGAGAAAAAAAUUAGAAACAUUUUUACCACCACAAUGUUUGUUGUGCAGAAAUAAAACGGCCACAACAAAAGUUCAUCCCUGUGAACACCUUCUGACAUGUGAAGAAUGUUCAAACGUUCCACUUAAACGAUGCCUGAGGUGUUUGAAACCUGUAACAAGCAGAGGUCGAGUUGGUAAGAAUAUUCUUUGCUGAUCUGUCUGUUUGUCCUGCUUGUCCCAUUGCCCUUAUUGUGUAGAAUAAUAUACUUCAUGUUGUUAUGUAGACAGAGGUCUGCCAUAAUCUGGCAGAUUUAUGAUAAAAGGUGUUCCUAGUGUCUGUUCUCUGUAAUAGUAUAUCUCUCACACUACAUCCACUAAACAUUGACCUUAUCCAAGUAGGAAACAUGUCACACUUCAAGAGGGUUGUAGUCUGCAACAUAAAGAUAAUGGACGAUUCUGCAAGAUAAUUAGUGAGUAACUGAAGUAUCAAUAAAUCUCCAUCAACACUAUAAUUAAUUAUGAGUUAUUAGAA